AUGGAGAAUCAGAACUUGCAAAACGAUCCGCCCAGCCGUGACAGCAGCAUCAGCCUGGAAGACCACAACGGACGAUUCCCAAGUAGGUCUGAUCUCUAUACUGCACACCAGCAGCAGAGAGCGGCGUACGGGCCGUUGACGGAAGAGCCAUUCUUGAUGAUGCCUCUCGAUUUCCCCAGCACCUAUUCCGGGGAUGACCCAUCCGCUGCAGGAGAGCCUUCGGAUACAAGCGCUGCACCGUCGUCGCUUUCGGUUCUUCGUCUAGAACGCUACUUGGCGGAAGAGCAGUGCCACGAACGCCUGAUGCUUGGAGUGCCGAUUCUGGGGUCCAACAAAGCCACAGUCAAGAAGUAUAUCCAUGAGAUUAUACACAGCAUCGACGGCAACGAUGCGUCUCAAGCAGGGGCUAUUCGCGGCACAAUGACGGACUGCGACGACAAAAGCUCUCCGAAGUCAACCACUUCCUCGAUGUCCACAUCUUCAGCUGAGUCGUCAGAGCUCGUUGAGGCGCACGACAGUAAAUACGACCCUCGAGCCUCAUCAGAUAUGAUUCCCAGCUUGGCGGGACUUGGCGAGACUGACAUGGCUCGCUUCAAACCAGAACAAGCCUCGGCUGACAGUGAGUCUCAUAACGACGGCCCAGACCUCGGGGGCCUUGAGGAGGAGCUUGAAGUGGGACGAAUCCUGAUGCGCCACAGGACGAGAGGCCACGAGAGGCACGACAGGUGGCGCGUGGGGAAGCAAGCGCGCGUGAGAAGGAACAUUCGCCGGCGAAGGAGACAAGAAGAACACAAGAAGGAGGCAGCCUGA